AUGGAACACCAAGGAGGCGGCGACGUGCCGGCGCCUGUCUUAGCAGGCAAGAAGAAAGUUUCGGGCCGAGGGCGCGGUAAGGUGGCGCGCUCGGGACCGGCAGGCUUUUCGGGACCGUCUUCGCAUCCGUCGAGUGUAGCAGCACCCGCUGCGGUUACAUCGCAGACGACAGCGCCCGAGGCACGCACCACCGUGCAGCACCGAGCACCACAGAAUGGCCGAGUGGAUCAGCCCUUGGUAUCGCAAGAGACUGUUUCCACACUGCCAUCCCCCACAGAGCGCCAGGAGGCGGCUGCAGGCAGCGGCCUAAUUUGCUCCGGAGCCAUUGCGUGGAGCAAAAAACAGCCUGCUGUCUACCGGGAGAUCGUUGAAAAAGCGAUACAGGACCCGGCUGCAGUGCGCGGCAUUCAGUGGAUGGAACUGGCCCGAGCUUGCUGCGACAGCGUCGUCGAAAGCAAUGAAAACGCAGGAACGGUGGCCACGUUCUGCGUCUUUUUUAGUCAGAUGAACAAAACGAGGGCGUUUCUGUGCGCUCUGAUCCGCACUGUCCGUAAGUGGUUCGAUCGGCGCGAUCAGCUGCUGCAGGCGUCCAAUGGUUACCCGCGUCGGUGGAUGGCUUACGUGUCCCUGGUGACCGAGCUCUUCAUGGGACUGAGACGGCAAGGAGCUCGCGUCAGUGACAUCGAGCUCUUGGCGAUGUUGAUCUUUCAGUGUUGCCUCGUCAUUCUGCGCACACCAAUGGCGGGCAGAAACACUGAGAUGGAGUGCCUGCUGUGGGUGCUGAUGGUAGCCGGUAGAGACGUGCAGAGCGCCACCCCGUGGCUCAUGGUGAGGCUGAUAAGGCGCAUACGCGACGCCUUCGUGCAGUCGGAUGCCUCGGCUAUGGCGCGCCACACGCUGCUUCAACUGAUCGAGCUACACGCCUCCGGAUGGCAGCUGAACGCUGAGUAUCUUCAGUACUAG